AUGACACAUAAAAGGCAGCUUCCCACAGAUUCCUUUUAAGUAGAGAAAUAAAUCAGCGUAGCAACAGAACAACAGAGAUGCCACUGAUUUAAAGCAACAGCAAAGACUAACUGGAGGAACGUUGCAACAAACUAAUCAUGUCCAACCUCAAAGGCAGCACCAAAAAGACCAACAAGAUGAGGAUCCAAGCUGUUCCAAUGACAAUAGAUGAGAAAUAUGUGAAUAACAUCUGGUACUUUCUGAGGAACGCAAUCCAGGAUAUCCAAAGGAAGAACAACAGGGAUCUGAGAUUUGAAGAGCUGUACAGAAAUGCUUAUACCAUGGUUCUACACAAGCAGGGGGAGAAGCUGUACACGGGUUUGAGGGAGAUUAUCACCGAGCACCUCCUUGAUAAGGUAGUGGGCAACGUCCUAAACUCUCUGAAUACUAACUUUCUGCAAACACUUAAUCUGGCUUGGGAUGACCAUCAAACUGCCAUGGUAAUGAUCAGAGACAUCCUGAUGUACAUGGACCAGGUCUAUGUUCAACAAAACAAUAUGGAGAAUGUCUACAACCUGGGCCUCAUCAUAUUCAGGGACCACGUGAUUCACGAUGGAUGUAUUCAAGAGCACCUGCACCAAACUUUAUUGGACAUGAUUGCACGAGAGAGAAAUGGCGAGGUUGUAGACCGGGAAGCUAUUAGAAACACCUGUCAGAUGCUACUAAUUCUCAGCCUGGAUGGUAGGUCCGUGUACGAGGAGGACUUUGAAGGACCCUUCUUAGACAUGUCAGCUGAAUUCUUUCAAAUAGAGAGCCAACGUUUUCUUGCUGAAAACGACGCCUGUCUCUACAUAAAGAAGGUAGAAGCCAGGAUUAACGAAGAGCUGGAACGUGUCCGGCACUGCUGCGACAAGUCCACAGAAGAACCUAUUAUGAAACUGAUAGAACGGGAGCUCAUAUGUAGACACAUGAAAACGAUUAUAGAAAUGGAAAAUUCUGGCUUUGUCCAUAUGCUUAAGACGGGUAAAACUGAAGACAUGGCGUGCAUGUACAAGCUGUUCAGUGGCGUUCCCAAUGGGUUGAAGACAAUGUGUGACUCCAUGAGUUCCUACUUGAGGGAACAAGGGAAAGCUCUGGCCAAUGAAGGAGAGGGUGACAACCGCGUGGACUACAUCCAAAAUGUACAGGACCUGAAAGCACAAUUUGAUCAUUUCCUCACAGAGUCUUUCAACAAUGACAGACAAUUCCAGCAAACUAUAGCCAGCGACUUUGAGCAUUUUCUUUCUCGUAAUUCUGGUGUACCAGUCACGUUUAAUUGAUAACCAGAUGGAUAAUGGAAUCAAUGUAUCUUAAAAGCAAAAGAGUCUUCACCAUAGCAAGAAGGAACUUCUUGGAAAACCUGCUUUGAAGCAAUAAUGGGAAUGUA